CUUGCUGCAGGGUUUCAUCUACUUAAUGCUGCCCCAACAUGUCUGCUGAAAAUGAUCAGUCACCAAGAGGAACAUCACCCCUUCGCUCUGCCACAAUGUCCCAGAAUUCCACACAGACCAUAUCUUCGGAGGAGGAUAUCGAGGAAGAAGAGUGUUCAGAGAAAGACUAUCUAUUUCCUGAAGAGGAAGAAUAUCUGGAAGAGGAAGAAUAUCUGGAGGAAGACGACUACCUGGAGGAGGAAAAGUUGCUGAAGGGGAAGGCGUACCUGUAUGGAGAGGGGUAUGCGAAGGCGGGAGAGCAUCUACAGGAGGAAAAGGACCUGGAAGAAGAGUAUCUGUUGGGAAAGUAUCUGGAAGACGAAUUCAAUAUGAUGUAUUCAUGGAAAAACCUGCCUGUCCUUACAAGGGAACCCGCUCAGGGGACCACCUUCUACGCCGCCCCUCCUUUCAUCUCUGAAUUGUCCCACGAGUCUCCAAACCAUGAUGCGAUGCCUUCCACAUGCCCCGUGCAGCAAGAUGGAGAACUUCUGGCCUGGCAUGACGAGAGCACGCAGACAGAAUGGAUCUAUGAGACUGAGUUGGCACCUGCAAAAUCAAAAUCAAAACUAAAACUCUCCACAACCACACUAACCACUGCGAAGUCAGAUUUGGAAGUGCGUGCUACCCCUGACGUGGCUCAUGAGGAGGAAAGUGCCAUGGAGUUUGUUUCCAAAGAGAGCUUUUGGGACGAUUUAUUAAAUGAACCCACGAACUCAGUGGAAACUGAGAGCUACGAUAACAAGGUUCUCAACAGCUCCUAUCAGGUAGUGUUUAGGACCGUGCUCAAAGAAAUGGCUGCUCGCCAAGAACUGGAAGAGGAUAUUGACAUCCCCCUGACUGGGAUUCUGGAGAGUGAAACCAGGAGGAAACUGGGAAUUCUGUUGAAGAAAAAUUUUGGAAAAUUCAAGCAAACAAUCCUCUGGAUUAUGAAGAAACGUGAAAACUUCCUCACGACCAAAACUGCGGAGACGUCGACUUUCACAUUUCACUUAUGGAAGCAACCACCACAAGGUGAGGAGCCUGUGCCGGAAGCCAAAAAAACUCGUCGUGUGGUUUAUCGUAAGAAGGAAUUGGAAGUAGAUACGGGAUGGGCACACAGCAAGACUGAGGUGCCUCAAGGUGAUGGAAAAAUAAUUCUCUACCCCAGUGGGAUUGUCUUCCAAAUUCUGUUUCCUGAUGACUCAGGCCAAAUACAUUAUCCAUCAGGAAAGCUGGCUAUGCUCAUCCUCAGUACAAAACAGAGAAAGUUCAUAUAUAUCAUUCUAGAAGACAGUGAAGAAGGUUGUGUCCGGGCCCUUAUCAACAACUCUGGCCAUGCCACCUUCUACGAUGAAAACAAAGCAAUCUGGUUGAGCCUGAGCCAAAACCUGGGCUACUACUUCCCCAAAGGCAAAUACCAGAAGGCCUGGAACUGGUGGAAUCUGAACCUGCACGUCCACGCGCCGCCCGUCCAGUCCAUCUCCUUGAAAAUCAACCAGUACAUCAAAGUACAAAUAAGGAGCCAGGACAAGAUCACCUUCUGCCUCAACCACCAACAGAAGCACAUCCGCUUAAACCUGGGCACCAAGUACAAGUCCAUAACCCCGGAGGUGCUGAGUGAAAUGAGGCAGAAAGCAAUCCUGGAGGUAGAAUGUGGUUCAGCGGCCCGGAAGAUGCAGAUCCUCCUGGGAAAAAUGAGUAGGAUCCUGAAUUUCCUGACCAUCCCUGAUUUGGAAAACUUCAUAGCGGCUGCCAGUUCCUUGGCAGUAGGCAACAUGAAACGGAAGGAGAAAUCGUACCUCCCAGACUAGGACAGCCACCAGCUGGUGACCGGCCACCCACCCACCCCACCCCACCCCCCGCCCCCCGCCAGCAUCCGCUGAGCAUCUCAGAAAGGUGGAGUCAUCAGGAGCGCCAAGGAAAACCCCAAAGCCGUCUUCAUGUCUUCUGAGGGUUGGUUUGUCAUUUGGGACUUAUCACAGCGCCUCAGUUUGGAAAACCAUUUUUCAAGGGGCUAAGAGACUCUGUAGCCGGGCACAGAAAAGACUCGGCCCUGGGCCGAUAGCACGAGAAGCGCGUUGUUUCGGUAGGCAAUACAUGUCAACACCCGUCCCACUCGCUUCCACUGGUCACUUCCACGCGGAAGCCUACUUGGGUUGACUCAGGACACAGACGGUCUCAAAGCCAGCCUCUCCCAGCUGGCUGGAUCAGGAGGCCACUCUUGGUGCAGUCCUGUGUGGUAAGGAAGGGCGGGGCUGUGUCUUGAUAUCUCUGCGGGGG